ACGCCUCCUUGAUUAUCGCCAUAAUCGUCCAUCUCCUGCCGCGACCAUGGGUGUCACCGUUCAGAUCAUCUCUCCCGGAGACGAGAAGACCUACCCCCGCAAGGGCGAUAGGGUCACGAUACACUAUGUCGGCACGCUCCUCGAUGGCCAGAAGUUCGAUUCCUCUAGGGAUCGUGGGACGCCGUUCGAGACCGAGAUUGGCGUGGGCAAGGUUAUCAAGGGCUGGGACGAGGGUGUUCCACAACUGUCCCUGGGUGCGAAGGCCGUCCUCACCGCGACGCCAGACUACGCGUACGGCGCGCGGGGCUUCCCACCGGUGAUUCCCCCUAAUUCGACCCUCCAGUUCGAGGUCGAGCUGCUCAAAAUCAACUGAUUUGCGCACUCUCUCCUGGGUUUGGGUUCGGGUUCGACUCUGCCAGGGCUCUCGCGACCUGCGCUUCUGCCUCGUACGACGUCGGGUUCCCGGUUGUUUGCGAUUGUACAUAUUGUGAAGUAGUCCCAUUGUUCUGUAGCACACGCACGCGCUCUGUCCACCUCCUUACCGUGUAUGCCUCUCGUCUCUGUACUCCGCUGUCCCUCUUCGAUCUCCACUCCGUACUUUGCCUUGCCACUGUUGCACGUUUGUGAUCCGCGUCCUUGUUCGCGCGAGGACGACGAGACGCACGAUGCUGGGCCCCUUUCUCUGAACGGACAUCUUCCAUUUCGUGCAAUCGAUAGAUAGCAUCCAUCCCUUCAUCGACCAUCGCCCGCAUCUGCCAUCGAUGACAAGGCACCCGUUGUGCAGGAGUGUGACGGGCACCGCCGGUAUGUAUAUGGACAAGUAAGGACGGGGCUCCCAUAUCAAGCUCAAUCGCGCUGUCGCUGUC